AUGCCAGUUGGCCCACAACAGUUUUGCGACGGACGCUUCUCCGCCACCGGUUCCGGCGUCGACCGCGUCGAGAGUACGCAUCGCGUGGGCGCGCAUCACACGCAGUCCGACCCAGGCACGAGCGAUCUUCUCGCGAAUGUGCGGAUCCUGGUCACUGCCAUUGGCCUUCGCCAGGUCGACGACGCCCUGGAGCUCGCGAGCGAAUCCGAUCUGCUGUCCGAGCGUCGAUACCCCUGCGCUCGAAGGUUCCCCGACCACCAGAUCGGCGUCGGUGACGGCGUCGUCGAAGAAGACCUCGUUGAACUCCGACGUACCGGGCUGAUCCAACGGGACCAGCAGGAAGCUCAAGCCCUGAUGACGCUUGGAGCCCACCUCGGUGCGGCAGACCACGAAGCACCACUGCGCGACGUGAGCCAUUCGCUGACCGUGUUGAUUCCAGGAAGGAAUCGGCGCUUCUGCUCGUCGGUUCCGUACGCGAUCAGCGUCCGGGCCGAGCAACUCUUCACCGAUGUGGCUGACGCGAGCGGGCGCACCGGCCUUCGCGUACUCCUGAUGGAAGAUGACCUGCUGAGAGAUGCUUGCUCCCCGCCCGCCGAACUCCUUCGGCCACCCGAGGCACGUCCACCCUGCGGCUGCGAGGUGCUUGUCCCACUCGAGUCGUUGCUCGAAGAACUCGUGCUCACUGCCGGGGCCGCCCUUACCCUUGAGCUGGGCAAAUUUGCCCGUCAAGUUCUCGGCCAACCACUGCGCGACCGUGGCCGCAAACUCGUCGUCCGUCAUCUGCCCGUCCGGGCUCUCGCUCUGGUCCACAUAUGUAGGAGUCCAGUGACCGAACAACCGAGAACCAUCCCAUCAGCCCUCAUCCGGGCCGCCGAGGAGUUCGCUACAUCAACGUGUCCGCGAUUUCGCCGGCGCGCUGAUCAACCGUGGGGUGAAGGCGGGCGAUCGCGUCGUCAUCUGGUCGCCCAACACGUAUCACUGGGUGAUCGCCUGCUCGGCGCUCAAUAUGCCGGCGCGGCCAUCAUCCCGAUCAACACUCGAUACACCGGCACCGAAGCUCUCGACAUCAUCGAGCGCGUCGACGCCGCGGCCUUGGUGGUCGUCGGCACGUUCCUCAAGGCCGAUCGCUAUCAGCAGUUGCUCGACGCCAACCCGGACCUGUCGAUCCCCACCGUCAUCCAGGUACCGAUCGACGGGGACGACGACCGCGACGGCGUCAUCGAGUUCGAGGACUUCCUCGCACUCGCCACCGACGCCGCCCGCACCGAAGCCGACGCGCGUGCUGCGAAGGUGCAGCCAGACGACGUCAGCGACAUCCUCUUCACCUCCGGCACCACGGGACGCAGCAAGGGCGCGAUCACCGCGCAUCGUCAGUCCAUCGCUGUCGCCAAGUCGUGGGGUGAAUGCGCCGAGGUCACCACCGACGACAACUUCCUCAUCAUCAGCCCGUUCUUCCACACCUUCGGGUACAAGGCCGGAAUCCUGGUCUGCCUGCUGAACGGCGCGACGAUCGUGCCGGUGUCCGUCUUCAACAUCGACGACACCCUCGCGCUGGUCAACAGCGAAAAGAUCAGCAUCCUGCCCGGUGCCCCGACGAUCUACCAGACCAUUCUCGAUCACCCCCGCCGCAGCGAAUACGACCUGUCCUCGCUCCGCAUCGCGAUCACCGGCGCAGCACCCGUGCCGGUUGCUCUCGUCGAGCGCAUGCAGGCAGAGCUUUUCGACGCCGUCCUCACGGCAUACGGUCUGACCGGGCAGUGGUCGCGACCAUGUGCCGCACCGACGACGACCCGCCGAUUUCGAGUCAAGAUCGGCGACCAGGGUGAGAUCCUGCUUCGUGGACCGAACGUCAUGCUCGGAUACCUCGACGACCCCGAAUCCACCGCCAAGGCAAUCGACGCCGACGGCUGGUUGCACACCGGAGACGUCGGAACCCUCGACGAGCGUGGCUAUCUCGACAUCACCGACCGCCUGAAAGACAUGUACGUCAGCGGCGGAUUCAGCGUCUACCCCGCCGAGAUCGAGGGCAUGUUGGCUCGCCUGCCCGGCGUCCACGAGUCUGCUGCCAUCGGCAUCCCCGAUCACCGGAUGGGGAGGUGGGCCCGCGUCUACAUCGCCCAACUCGACGGUGCCGGCCUCGCCGAAGAGUCGGUGAUCGCUUUCCUCAAGGAAGAUCGCAGGCUUCAAGGUGCCCCGCGAGCCGACGUCGUGACCUACGAGGUUCGUGACUCGGUCGCCGUCGUGACCUUGAAUCGACCCGACUACCGCAACGCCCAGAACUCGGUGGUCACGUACGCCCUCGACGCGGCAUUCCAGCGCGCCGUCGAGGACGACGACGUGAAGGUGAUCGUCCUGGCAGGCAACGGACCUCACUUCAGCGCCGGACACGACCUGGGAACUCCGGGACGCGACCAUCACGUCGAGUACGAGAACAAGGCCACCAUGUGGUGGGAUCACGUCGACAAGCCAGGCGGUGACCAGCGUUUCGCCCGCGAGAUGGAGGUCUACCUGGGCAUGUGCCGCCGUUGGCGGGAGAUCCCCAAGCCCACCAUCGCGAUGGUCCAAGGCGCCUGCAUAGCCGGUGGGCUCAUGCUCGCCUGGGUCUGCGACAUGAUCGUCGCGGCCGACGACGCCUUCUUCUCCGAUCCCGUUGUCCGCAUGGGCAUCCCCGGCGUCGAAUACUUCGCGCACCCGUGGAUGGUCGGUUCACGUUUCGCGAAGGAAAUGCUCUUCACCGGCGAUCGAUUCACCGCGCAACGCGCCUACGAAAUCGGCAUGGUCAAUCGCGUCGUCGCCCGCAAGGAUCUCGAGAAGGAGACGUUCGAGCUCGCCGGGCGUAUCGCCGAAGAUGCCGCGCUUCGGACUGGCUUUGACCAAGAAGGCCGUCAACCAGUGCGAGGAUCAGAUGGGGAUGCGUCGGCAAAGACUCGCUUGGUUGGUCUCGACGCCAAAGCCGCUGGCUGCCAGUGCUCGCGCACCGCAGGAAGGAACAAACUAGUGGAUCUCGUAUUCGACGACGCCACAACCGCAUUCCGUGACCGAGGUCCGCUCGUUCCUGGAGGCGAAUGUGCCCGACACUCCCCUGAAGUCGAUGGAUACCGCCAAGGCUUCGAAGAGCACCGUCAGUGGGAGCACACUCUCGCCGACGCCGGCUACGCCGUCGUGUCCUGGCCCAAGGAACUCGGCGGACGCGAUGCGUCCCUGCUCGAAUGGGUCAUCUUCGAGGAGGAGUAUUACCGCUCUGGCGCGCCCGGGCGCGUAAGCCAGAACGGCAUCUUCUUGUUGGCUCCCACACUGUUCGAGCAUGCAAAUGCCGAGCAGUUAGCUCGCAUCAUGCCGCGCAUGGCUCGUGCCGACGACAUCUGGGCCCAGGCCUGGUCCGAGCCCGAAUCCGGUUCCGACCUCGCGAGCCUGCGUUCGAAAGACGUGGAGCUCACGCGCAACUACGCCGACUGGGGCUUCGGCUUGUUCCGCUCCGAUCCGGAUGCGCAGCGCCACCAGGGCAUCACGUAUUUCAUGUUCGACCUGCGCUCGAAGGGCGUCACCGUUCGCCCGAUCGAUCAACUCGACGGCAAGCCCAGCUUCGCCGAGAUCUUCCUCGAGACGUCUUCGUGCCGGACGAGCCCGGCCAGCCCUGCGGACGAACCGACGACAGCGCUCUGCGUAACCAGGUUGCCGACGCCUGGAUCGGCGCUCGCGCCUACCGGCUCCAGCACAUUCGGUACCGUCACCCGUCUCGCCGACGUUGAACAGCUCGACGCCGAGGAUAUCGCCACCCACGAGACUGCUCUCGAACUGCAGGGCCCUGAAGCCGGCGUGGCCGACAACUGGAUGGACGGAUACCCUGUUCUCCCUAAAAACGUCAUCGCUGAGCGUCUGCUCGGCCUACCGAAGGACGGACCGAUGAGAUUCGCGCUCGACUCCUCCCACCAGGACUUCGCUGCAAGCAUCGAUGCACUGCUGACCAAGUCCGACAUGCCCUCCGUCAUCCGUUCGUGGAACGACGAGCUGACACCGGAGCCGGCGAAGCUCUGGCAGCGCCUUGCCGAGACCGGCGUCAACGGCCUCGUCAUAUCCGAAGAACACGACGGUGACUCGGCGCCGACGCCGUGGACCUGGAUCGUUGCACUCGAACAGCUCGGUCAGCACGCAGUACCCGGACCGGUCGUCGAGACCAUCACGAAGCACCUGCUCUGCUCUCGCCGAGGUUCCGCUGGCAACCGUCGCCCGCUCCCCCACCGCCACACCGUUCCGCUCGACAUCUUAAUCCGGUCGAUCUGGUUCUACUCGCGCAGGACGGCACCGUCUCACUCGGCGUCCCUGGCGAAGCCAAGGCAUCGGUGGAUCUCUCCGCAAGCUCUACGAGGUUUCCGCCGGCGAAUCGCUGGGCUCGCCGACUUCUCCGCAGCCUUCGACAUGGGCGCUCUUGCCACUGCCGCGCAGUUUGCAAGGUCUCGACCAGACACUGCUUUCGAGGUCACCACCGAAUACGCGAAGCAGCGCAAGCGCUCGCCCCUGCUCCACGGUGCCGCUCUGUCGGUUCGCGAUCAGUCGGCCGACGCCUCGCGUGACAUUUCCGCCGCCAAGGUCGCGUGCGGGGAUACUUUGCCUACAAGGCCGCCCGCGUCCGGACUCCAGGUUCACGGCGCCAUCGGCUACACGAUGGAACACGAUCUCUCACUGUGGCUCACCAAGGUACAAGCAUUGCUCACCGCCUGGGGCUACCGUCCGAGCAUCCAUCGACACCGAAGACCGAGGCGGCUUCUCACGUGCGUCGGUACGCGAUCUCCUGAGCAAGCAUAUUCCGACUCCGCUGCCGUCCGCGCUGCCAUCACCACCGAGAUCGGCUACGACGCCGCGUUGUGGAGCAAGCUGACGCGAGCAGAUCGGCGUCGCCGCGCUAGCGAUUCCGGAGGUUCAGACGGCGUCGGAGCAGGGUUUGGGCGAGUACAUGUGGUCCAGGAGGAACUGGGCCGCGCUGGCCCCUCACCGAUGCUGGGUUCGGCGAUUCUUGCCGCACAGGCACUGCUGCUUUCCGGUGACGACGACGCAUGCUCGCGACUGCUGCCCGGUGUCGCGUCCGGAGAGAGCACGCUCGCCCUGUGCUGGGCAGGGGCUGCGGGUUGGAGCACCUUCGGCGUCGAGGCAACCGAGGAUGCGUUGAUCGGUAUGGCGUCGUACGUCCUCGACGGACACAUUGCGAGACACCCUGCUCGUUCUCACGGCCGACGGCUUCUACGAAGUGGAUCCCGCGGCCGAGGGCGUUCCCGCCGACGCGUCCCCACCAUGGAUCCGACGCGAACGCUGGCGGAGGUCACGUUCUCCGGUGUUCGUGGUCGGCCACUGGAGUGGUCCGAAGAUCUGGUCGAUCGCAUCCGAACCGUCGUUCUGAUCGCGUUGUCCGCUGAACAGGUCGGAGCGGCCGCAGCGAUCGUCGAACAGACCGUGGAAUACACCAAGUCGCGCAAGCAGUUCGGUCGCGCGAUCGGUUCUUUCCAGGCCCUCAAGCAUCGGAUGGCCGACAUGUACACGUUGGUCGAGACGGCGCGGUCGAUGACGUACGCCGCCGUGGCGACGCAGUCGGCGGACGACGCGGCGGUAGCGAAGGUGUACUGCUCGGAAGCCUUGCAGCAGAUCACCUCCGAAGCAGUUCAGUUGCACGGCGGAAUCGCAAUCACCUGGGAGCACGACGCUCAGCUGUACUUCAAGCGUGCACACGGCAGCGCUCAGCUCUUCGGACAGCCGAGCACCUACCUGCCGAGCUCUCGCGCAGGCAGCGGGCCUCUAGGAGACGUCGGUGCUUGUUUCGCUCGCAAUCCCGGGCGAACAAGCACCGUCUCGUUCGGUGUCGAACAGACUUCAGCUCUCGGCAGGAGCGACCAACCCGUUCUCGGUUCGAUUGCAAUCCGUUCCCGUGAGCUGGUCGAAGCGCUUUUCUAUCAGCUUGUUCCAGUCUCACCGGAUCCGGUUCGAACCGUUCAGCUUCUUCACGCACUCGCCAGAGUCGCUUUAUCUCCAGGAUCUGCGAAGGUAACUACCCCAAUUCCAGUGAGAACUGGCAACCUGUGCGAACCUCUGAAGCGGUCUCCCGAGUGCAUCCGUGAGAUACGUGGGGAUAUGGAACGCGACAACGGCGUGCGUCGAGGCCCGACGAUGCGCAAGCGCUUCGUACACCGCUGUGACAUUGACUUGAUCGAAGGCUUCACCUCAACGGUUGUGGCCUCCAGAAAGGUCCAGGUACGUAGUCGAAUCUACGUACCGAGAUUAGUCACAAGAUCUGAGCGUGACCAUUGUACCGCCGGUGCUUCGACUUACCUUGGAUUAGCGACGUCGUCGACCGUCAGCGUGGCGCCACUCCGGAUUUGCGGAGUGGAAGCUCCCGCAGCACAUCGACCAUCGAAAGCAAUUCGGCAGAGAAGAGCCUCGUCCAAAGUCAACUGCGGAAGCGACACUUGUUUCCCCGAUUCGCGUUCAAUGGGCCAACCUAUUGCGACCGGUCUGAAUGUAUUCGACCAACUGCGCCUCAGACCGGAGUUUUCUCGUGAAUCAGUUCGGACGACAAGCGCGUCCUCAUCAGCGGCGCAGGGUCCGGAAUCCUGGCCAGGCCACCGUUGCCCGCAUCCUGGCAGAAGGAGGCACCGUCGUCCGCCGCCGACAUUUCCGAGACAGACCGGCCUCGAACAGACGCUGAACGCCGCGAAGGACGCCGGCCACUCCGAUCGCCUCACCACGGUGAAGGUCGACAUCUCCAGCGAAGAGUCUGUUCGCGAACAGGUCGGCGCUGCGGAUCAAGGCUCUGGGCGGGCUCGACGUGCUGGUCAAUGCGGCGGGCAUUCUGCGCUCCGCGCACCCACGAUGACACUCGAUUUCACGAACACCGUCAUCGGGGUCAACCUCACCGGAACGUUCUCACGACGAGGGAGUCCCUGCCGGCAUUGCUCGAAAGUGGAGCAGGCGUCGUGGUCAACUUCAGUUCCACCUCGGCGACCUUCGCCCACCCGUACA